AAGCACAGCCUCUCGAUGGUGUCGCGGCUCUGCCCCAGCCCCGGUGCUCCCGUGCCCGCACGGCCCCUCCAGGCGCGCUGCCCGCGGCCCGGGGCGGCUCCGGCGGCGGGCGGGGCGGGAGGCGGCGCGGCCGAGCGUGACGGGGAGGGCGGGAGCGAGCGGAGCCCGCAGCGAGCAGCGCCCGGGCCGCCGCCGCCGCCUCCUGCGCAGCGCCCGCACCGACCCCGCAGCGCCAUGGCGGCCGCGGCCGCCGAGCCCAGCACCGGCCGCUACCAGCAGCUGCAGAAUGAAGAGGAGCCGGGCGAGGCCGUGCCCGUGGUGAACGAUGCCCCUCCACCCUACAGCAGCAUCUCUGCAGAGAGCACAGCUUAUUUUGACUACAAGGAUGAGUCAGGGUUCCCGAAGCCGCCGUCCUACAACGUGGCCACCACCCUGCCCAGCUACGACGAGGCCGAGAGGAGCAAGGCUGAGGCCACCAUCCCCUUGGUCCCUGGCAGGGAUGAAGAUUUUGUGACAAGGGAUGACUUUGAUGACACUGACCAGCUGAGGAUAGGCAAUGAUGGCAUUUUCAUGCUGACGUUCUUCAUGGCAUUCCUCUUCAACUGGAUUGGAUUUUUCCUGUCUUUCUGUCUGACUACUUCAGCUGCAGGACGAUAUGGGGCCAUUUCUGGGUUUGGUCUCUCUCUCAUUAAGUGGAUCCUUAUUGUCAGGUUCUCCACCUAUUUUCCUGGUUACUUCGAUGGCCAGUACUGGCUUUGGUGGGUCUUCCUUGUACUAGGUUUUCUGCUGUUUCUCAGAGGAUUUAUUAAUUAUGCAAAGGUCAGGAAGAUGCCAGAUACGUUUUCCACUCUCCCCAGAACCAGAGUUCUCUUUAUUUACUAAAGAUGUUUUCUGGCAAAUGUCUUCCUGCAUUAGUGAAAUCCCCCCCAAGAAGCAGCAGGACACCUGCAGGAAGUGAAUCAAGGCUCUGGAGCAGAAGAAAAAAUAAUCACCUGCUUUAAAAUAAAUAAAUAAAAGUACUGUUGGAAAAAGAAAAAAAAAAGAAAAAGGAGAAGCAUUUAUUUCUAUUUGUUUUUAGGUGUAAAGUUUUAAUAAUUAAUGCAGAAUUCUGUAAUUGUUGACUCAUUAGUGGGUAAUGUUAGAAGCAGCUGUUGCAGUGAGUCUGUGCAGUGCUGAUGGAGCUGGUCAGGAGUUUGUGCUGUUGGGAGCAGGAGCUGUCCUGGGGCCAGCAGGGGCCAGGCUUGCUUUAGUUCCUGCUGCAGCCUGGGAGUGCCAGGCUCUGCCUGUGCUGUGUGACACUGUCCUGUGCUGUGUGACACUGUCCUGUGCUGUGUGACACUGUCCUGUGCUGUGUGACACUGUGCAGUGUGUGACACUGUCCUGUGCUCUGUGUGACACUGUGCAGUGUGUGACACUGUCCUGUGCUCUGUGUGACACUGUCCUGUGUGUGACACUGUCCUGUGUGUGACACUGUCCUGUGUGUGACACUGUGCAGUGUGACACUGUGCAGUGUGUGACACUGUCCUGUGUGACACUGUGCAGUGUGUGACAGACACCCUGUGCUGUGUGACACUGUCCAGUGCUGUGUGACACUCCUGUGCAGUGUGUGACACUCUGUGCAGUGUGUGUGACAUUGUUCUGUGCAGUGUGACACUGUCUGUCCAUCCCUUGUAUCCCUGUACUCCAUGUCCUGUCCCUGUCCAUCCCUGUACUUGGUGUCCUCUCCAUGUCCUGUCCCUCCCUGUCCCUCCCUGUCCCUCCCUGUCCCUCCCUGUCCCUCCCUGUCCAUCCCUGUCCAUCCCUGUCACUCCAUGUCCCUCCCUGUCCAUCCCUGUCCCUCCCUGUCCCUCCCUGUCCCUCCCUGUCCAUCCCUGUCCCUCCCUGUCCCUCCCUGUCCAUCCCUGUCCCUCCCUGUCCAUCCCUGUCCCUCCAUGUCCCUCCCUGUCCCUCCAUGUCCAUCCCUGUCACUCCCUGUCCCUCCGUGUCCCUCCCUGUCACUCCCUGUCCCUCCCUGUCCCUCCCUGUCACUCCAUGUCCCUCCCUGUCCCUCCCUGUCACUCCCUGUCCCUCCCUGUCCCUCCCUGGCACUCUGUGUCCCAUGCAGCCUCACUGCCAGCACAGGGUGACCCUGGAGCUGAGGUGACAGCACAGGGGUGGCUUUGCUCCUGCAAUCCCCCAGCACCUGGGGCCUGUGGAGGAAAAGGGUUGGUGCAGUCCAGACUCAGAGGUGGCAUUGGGAAUUUAGAGGUGGCACAAGUAUUAACUUCUAACAGUCUUUAUUCUCGGUGUUGUAGUAUCCUUUCCUUUCACAUCACCAACUUUUUGGGCUCUCCAGGGGUUUUCACGGAACAAGUCUGUAGUGUAAAACUGAAAGAUCAUGUUGCAACUUUGUAUAAAAUCCAUAUUGCAAAACAAAGGCCUUUUUUUUUUCUCUGGCUUGGGACUUUUGAGACAAUUCCUAACAUACCUGUAAUUCUUGCUUUUAUAAAUUGUGUUAGCAGAGACUCUGAUGCGUUGGAAAUGUAGAUUUAAUGUGCACUCCUGUGCUUUCUGCCAAGUGGUCAUUCACUUUGGAGUUUUACUAUGUUCAACCUGUAAAUACAGCAGAACGUCAAUAAAUGUCACUUCUGUAGCAA